GGGCAGCAUGCGUGCCCGCGAGAACACGCAUGGAGUCGAGAUCUGUCUGGAGCUGCUCGAAGAGAUCGGCGGUGUGGCCCAUGAUGCGCGACAUGUUCUUGAGGUUGGACGCGAGCUGGCCGUACAGCCUGUCUUUGGCGAGCGUCGCGUUCGUUUGGUGGCUCAUCGCUUGGGUGUGGGCAGCGGGAGGCGGAGGCUGGGCGCGGUGGUACAGGAGAGAGAUGAGAGCGCGCGUUAAGACACGUGAUGAUGGCCUUCUUCUCCCACUCCGAGGUCGCAACAAGACUGAGUUACCGCCGACCGUGGAUAUCCCAACAUCCAAUAUGCCCGCCCGUCUCUAGCUUUUGUCUGCCCACCACCCGUCCUUGGCCACCUAAGCCUAAGCAGGACCCGCGAUGCUGCCCACCCACCGCAGCGACGACAGACUGCCCCACCGCGCCCGCGGAACGCCGCUGCCCCACGCCCUCAAGCACCUCCUCGCCCGCCCGUCCCUCCGCUGGCCCCUCCUCGGCAUCGCCCUCAUCUCCUGCUUCUGGCUCCUUUCCUCCCUCCCCCGCUUUCCCAGGUUCGGCUUCGGCCCCGGCCCCGGCGGCGGUCCACUCUCAGGGUUCCGGCACCACGGCGGCCCGGGCCACCCCCGCCCACCAAUCGACAUCCGCCCGCUGGACGGGCCCGCAUACCUCGAGCCGCGCCCGAAGCCGCCUCCUGCGCGCCUCGCGGGCGCGCCGACGCUCUGGAGCGCAAGGGCGGAUAAGGUCAGGGACGCGUUCGUGCAUGCGUACGGGGAGUAUGAGAAGUAUGCGCUUCCGGCGGACGAGCUGUUGCCGCUGUCCAAGGGGAGCGUGAACAAUUUCAACGGCUGGGCGGUCUCGAUGGUCGACGCGCUCGACACGAUGUGGCUCAUGGGUCUGCACGACACCUUUGCCGACUCGAUCGCUGUCGUCGCCAACAUCUCAUACGCGUCCCAUAACGACUUCAUCCCCUUCUUCGAAACCGUCAUCCGCUACCUCGGCGGCCUCCUCUCCGCCUACGCACUGUCGGGCGAACCCAUCCUCCUCUCGCGCGCCGACGAGCUCGGCCGCGCGCUUCUCCCCGCGCUCAACACGACCUCGGGCCUCCCCUUGUUCGCCGUCAACCCCGCCACAGGCGAGACCAAGAAAGGGUGGAAUAUCAAUGUGCUCUGGGCGGAGGCGACAAGCUGUCAGAUGGAGUACAAGUAUCUCGCGCAUCUGACGGGCCGGAGGGAGUACUAUGACAAGGUAGAGAACGUGAUGAAGCUCAUGGCUGACGCACCCACCGUCGACGGCCUCUUCGCUGCGCACUGGGACGUCGCGACGGGCAAGCCCGCGAGCAAACAAUAUACUGUCGGCGCAUACGCCGACAGCGGCUACGAGUACCUCCUCAAACAAUACCUCCUCUCUGCGCGGUCAGAGCCCGCCAUGCGCGACCUCUACAUCGACGCCGCAAACGGCAUCCUCACGCACCUCUUCUACUCCACACCCAACCGCGGGCUCGUCUACGUCACCGACACCGUCUCUUCCCUAUCCUCACCCUCAGGCGGCGGCGGCGCAGGCGCCCCGACGCACCGCCUCGAACACCUCUCGUGCUUCCUGCCCGGGCUCCUCGCGCUCGGCGUGCAGACCCUCGGCAGCGCCGGCGGGGGCGAGGGCGCGCUGAGCGCGUAUGAAGAGGAGAUGCACAUGUGGGCCGCGAAAGGGCUCGCGUACACGUGUGCGGCGAGCUACGGGGACACCGCGACGGGGUUGGGGCCGGACGAGCUACGCAUGGAGCAGCGCGUGCUGCUCUCGCCCGGGGAGUCGGGCGGCCAGCAGCCGGAGUACGAGACGCGCGCGCGGCCGGAGCACUGGGCGCGCAAGUACGAUCGGUGGGUCGAGCAGGGGAGGCCGGGCGGUGUCCCGCCUGGUACGUAUGCCGGCGGGUUUCUGGAAGGCGGCGAGGGGCGGGCGAGCGGGGCGAGGGACUGGACGGUGCUGAAGAGUGCGUAUUUGCUGAGGCCGGAGACGGUGGAGAGUCUGUAUGUGAUGUGGCGCGUGACGGGGGACGCGGUGUGGCGCGAGCGCGGGUGGGCGAUUUUCGAGGCGAUAGAACGGGGCGCGGUGCCCACCGGGCCAGGUGGGGUUGGGUAUGCGAGUGUGAGGGAUGUGGAUGUGGGGGGUGGGGGGUGGAAGAAUGAGAUGCCGAGUUUUUUUCUGGCGGAGACCCUCAAGUACCUCUUCUUGCUGUUCACAGAUGAGGAGCUCGUGCCGCUCGAGCGGUGGGUGUUUAACACGGAGGCGCACCCGUUGCCGGUGUUCGAGUGGAGCGAGUGGGAGCGGGAGGCGUACGGGAUCGGGCGGAGGGCGUGAGGCAGAGAGUUAUACGUUACAUUACCCGUCGAUGUUAGAGGUGGUAUGGAGUGCGGAAUGGUAUCGGUCAUUCUCCAUCCAUACUGUAACCUCUAAUGCCGUCAUUUAAAAGUAUCGCUCGCCUGUCUCGGAUCGGUGGAGGGCUUCGCGCUGGACGCGACUGGCAAAC